CGACAAAAACUGAAAAUGGCGGAAAGCAGCGCGGAAGUCACAUUCAAAAAGGAGACAGUAAGCAAAGUCUGUCAAGCUUCUUCAAGGACGAGAACUAAAGUCGGUGCCGAUGCUGUCCUCCUUAUGGCAGAGAUGCUACAUGUGUUUGUUCAAGAAGCUGCACAAAGAACGAUAAAACAGGCUGAGGCAGAGGACUGUGACCGAAUGGACAUAGAACACUUUGAGAAGAUCCUGCCUCAACUGCUGUUGGAUUUCUAGUAUGACUUCAGGCCAGAAGAUGGCGCCAGAGAGCUAAUCCAGUCCUCAAUUCAGAAUUCGAGAGAUUGACCAACUCUUGGAGGACAAUGGAAGUAAAGAAAAAGGCUUCUGUUUUGUUUGUAAACGUAAAGAAGCACUUAUUUACUUCUAUUGUCCUC